AGGUUUCCCCCCCUCUGACCUGGCAUAGCGGGGUCGCAGCGGGCGUUGGCGCGGGAAACACAAACACACGCGCGCAACAUUGACUCUACAACAACACUUUAGCACACUCGCGACUGAAUGUUCGCAUGAACACAACGCUCGGGGCAUGGCUGCAGCUCAGUACAGUGACCCAGUGUUCUCAACCAAAGGAAGCCCAUUUGUUGAGCCCCGCUCACCACUGGGCCACUACCACCCGUCUCCUGGCAAGACUCUAACCCAGCGUGCCAGGCACACGUCUCUGAGUCCAGUGCGGCUGCAGUCUUUGAGUCCGAAGGCUGGGUUUCAUGCCAGUGGUUCCCAAGCCCAGAAGCCCGGUGCCCGCCAAGACGAACGGCAAAACGAACGUGUCAAGGCGCAGGUGGCGGUCCGGACGGCGAACUCCCAGCCUGACCCCGACUCCUCGGACCCCUUCGACGAAUCGUGGCCAUCAACCGAGCAGAGCUCGGCUCGCACGCCUGAGGCUGUGGAGGGGGAAGCAGGGCUGGAACCUGUGCCCCCCACAAGGGAGCCUGUCAUUGCGAGGUUUGUUGAGCGGUUCCGUCACGGCCGCCCCACGAGCCGAGCGGAGCGCGAGGCGGCCGAGCGUGCGGGGGGCGGCUCGUUUUGGUGGCUCCAGGACCCGGCGACCAAAGCCACAGCACGCGCGGCGGAUCAGCUCGACUCCGGUCGUUCACAGCCGAGGUCACCACGGAGGUCAUCCAGCGAGCGGUCCUUGGGUCAAAGGUCAUCCGGCAGGUCGGGUCCCAGCCCUGCUUGCUCUUCGUUAGAAGGGAUGAGACAACAUCACAAUUCGGACACGGAGGGCGAUGGGGAUUUGUCCGUGAGCGGCCUCAUGGAUGCAGACACUCGCAGUCUUCAGGAGCGAGCGAGCCAGCUCCUGGAGAGAAGUGAGAGCACGCUGAGCAGCCGUGCGGGCGCCGUCAGCUCGGCGGGGCUUGGGUCCGCACGCUCGUCGGAGCGAAACUUCACUGAGCCAGCACGUCCGCCGUGGGGCCACCUCGAUCUCCUCCUGCCUGGGAGCACGACCCCCCUCGUCUCGGCGCAACCAACGCUGACGACGCCACUCCCGCCUGGCGCAGGCAGAGGAACGACCCCAGCGGACGACAUCUUGUACCAGUGGCGUCUGCGGCGCAGGAUGGAAGAGGCGAGGGAGUUUGGGACGAAAGCAGCGCACGACGCGCGAGCGGUGCCCUCCAGCGAUCGGGAACUCCCACGACCCACUCCCUGGCAGCUGCCACAGGCUAACGCGGGGGUUCUUUUUACCGCGGAAGAUACGGGGAGGCACCCACCAAACGCCCCUGCCCGCUUCGAGGUGCCCAUCGCCAGCCCCCACAUCAGGCUCGCCCCCACAUCGGACACACUAGGAGGCCCCAAAGACUCCAUGGUCGUCACGCCACACCUCCACCUGUCGUGCGACGUGCUGCCCUGCCCCCACGCCCCCCUUGUCCAUCACGAGAUCCGGGACGAGCAUCGCCCCUCGCGCCCGGUCAGAGUCGCUCCUCACGGAAGCAACGGGGGAAAGGAGGAGAGUCGCAGCGAGAUCAGACCUCGGAGUUUGGCCGGCGCGACCGAGCGGAGUGGAACAACGGGCCGGCCGAAGACUUCCAAGAUCGCGAGCCGCCCGUCCGAAACCAAAGCCGCGUACGGUGACGACGAUCGGGAACGUCGGGGCGGCGAUGGCGACCGUCGUCACGGCGCCUCGGGUCUCGACGUGACGAGCGAUCGGCGGAGCAGAAGUCGCACCGGGCCCGCAGAGAAGUCGUCGUCCCCGCCGGCGUCGAGCACAGACCGAGGUAGCGCUGACAGGGCGGCGAAACCCGGCAGGGAACGGCACGAGAGGAGACGGAGCGGGGAGGACGCCGGUGGCGUCGAGAGGAGGGGGGAGGUGCGACCCGAGCGAGCCAGAAACGGGAAAAAGAGGAGGGAAGGAGGAGGCGGAGCGCUGCACGGUUCGGCACGGAGCGACGAGUCUCCGUUGAGCAGCGCUGUUGGCUUGGUCCUCGACGAACGACUCUUCAUGCCCGCCGAGUUGAAACGAUCCGAGACAAACGAGCCGCGGCCUGGUCGAGACCAGGGAGGUGCGCCGCGGGGCGCCGUCGCGACGUCGCGUCCUCGCUCCCCUCCGUCGGCCCAACCGGGACUCCCGAGUGCUGUGCUGCGUCUCCUAGAGCAGGCGGAGGAUUCAGAUGGAGUGGAUUUCCCAGACGAUCCCCUGCUGAAGCUACUAAGAGAGCAGAGAAACCGGGUCCGAGAUCGCCUGUGCGACACCACCCGCCUCAUCUCCUCCCUGGAGCUCACGGAACAUCCCUCCUGAGAAUGAGGAAAAUUCCGCUUGGGAAUUCUCCCAGUGAAUGAGCCGUCGUCAGCAGGAUGGACAAGAUCCAAGUCUUUUUUUACACUUUCCAGCGCAAUAUGAAAGCUUUGUGGGUCCACCCAGUCUGUUAAAAAUUCGUACAAAAUUAUCCAACAUGAACCAACCCAUAAUAGCAAUGUGUGUUGCUAUUAGAGACUCGCCAAAUACAAAUUCGGCCAACUCUAUCAAAAGGUGGCCCAAACUGUUGGAGACAAACCAGAGAAAAAAGAUAGAAUCUGCAAAUUCUCGCACGCAUUUUGCCCUGAGAGAUACCAGUCGGCUUCAAGACUGCUCAUUAAAUACUUGCAACGACAAACACUUGUUGGAAAGUGUAACGUUAUCUACACAUUUAUAGUUUCCAUUACUUGUUUGUAUUGCGCAGUCUCAAGCUGUAUAGUUGCUGUAAAUGUAUAAUUUCCUGUGGUGGGUUUCAUUCAGAGGUCAGUUUUCUUUUUUCUGUGAAGUUCAUGUUUUGCCUUGUUUAAUACCGCAUCAAUACGACAAUAAAAAAUAUGUGAAAUUACAUAUAUUCACAAACGUGUACAUAGAUUUAGAAAAUGUUAGCAUCAGCUAUCUUUCCAAUGCCGUCAUACUCUUGAGUAUCGCGAAGGAGCAAUCCAUCUAGCUCAUGGGUCAGCAAUCAAAAUAACAAGAAGAUACAUUUAUUUCUAUUUGGCUAAAAAAACUAAAUAUUUCAAGAUUCGCAAUGCAUGUGAAUACGAGAUGGUGGUCCUUAAUAAACAUCACGAAACAGUCCGCGGUGAAGCCGCAUGCGGCGCCGGAGCCGUAGGUUGCCGACCUCUGCCCAUGGUGAACUGGACUUCCAUGGUCAGGGGUCUGCAACCAAAAUAACAAAAAGAGCCGCACUGCUGUCCUUAAAGAGCCACCGCAUGCAGCUCCCGAUCCACAGGUUGCCUACCCGUGGGUCUAGUUCCUGCACAUGGGCUGGUUUCAUUGCCCCAUCUCCACGAUGUAUAUGCCCUCUGACGUGUUCUCAGGAUGGCCAGGCUUUGGUACCAGAAACAGAGUUUGCCAAUUGUAUAUGUUGUACUCCGGUGCCGGAUCGGAGCUGGGAUCACUGUAAUCUUAUCAGAACAUAGAGGCAGAGCUGACGUUCUGGAGCAGCUCUGCAAUUGCCUUUGCUGUUACAAAUAGAUAUAUUAAAUACCUGACCCAAGUUUGAUUAGUUGAUUUUGUAAAACAGCAAACACAUUCCUGCGGAGGGAGCUGGUAGGAACGUUGGGUUGCUUGGUCAAUGGCCAGGGUCAACGGCGGCGUGGUGUAUUCCACAAAUAUGCCUGACUGAGGGUGGGCACACGCCGGUGUGAGUAGG